AGAUGUGUACCUGACGACCUUGAAACCUGUACAUGAUUUAUUCAUGCAUAAGGUUUUCUCAACGGAUUCGUCCGAUAUUACGGAAUUUUAAAUCAUCUGCUUUUGGCAAUGUCAAUUACUCACGAAAAAACUCACAAUUUCGGACACCGGUAUCCACCGACACGGUGUUUAAACCUGGAUUAAGAUUGGCUCUGAAGUGCGGAGUUUUCACUGUCAUAUCUACUAAUGCAAUUUUUCUGGGAUCGCUUAUUUUGGGCUUCGAGGCUUGGCAAGCUCGUUAUUCCAAAGCAAAAAGUGAUUACGCCAUUAGAAAUUUCAUUUCUACGGUAUUAUAAUACAGUAGAGUAACUUGUUUUACAGGUUCGUGAUUACAUAGAAAAGAUUUUAGGCAGACCUCUACAAGCCUUUGAUGUUUACUGGGGUAGAUUUAAUUUUCUGUACUGAAAUUUCUGAUUAUUUUAGCUAUCGUAGUUUGCAAUGUCCUGGUCUUUCUUGCUCUUAACAGUCAAUUUUCCUCUACCCUUCUACCUUAUUUCUGCAGCAGUCCAUAUGGGUCCACUCCUGUAUUAUCACUGGUGCUUAGUUUAUUUUCGCACAAAAGUCUAUUCCAUUUGGGUAUCAAUAUGUAUGUUUUGCACAGUUUCGCAUCAUCAGUUAUGUCGCUUGUCGGUGUUGAGGAUUUUUUCAGUGUUUUUAUUGCUGGUGGAAUCUUCUCAGGUUAUAUCAGUUUGAUGAAUAAAUUACUACGGAGAUCUACAUUUCCAUCAUUAGGUGCCAGUGGAGGUAUAUGCGCUAUUAUUGGUGCAUUUUCUAUGCUUCAGCCAAAUGCUAGGUUAUGUGUACCGUUUAUUGUUGACUUUAUACCUCAUUCAUUUCAAGCGAGCAGUGCAGUUUGGAUUAUUCUUAGCAUUGAAAUAUUUGGGCUUAUAUUCUUGAGUCGUCGUAGUGCAUUAGAUCACGCUGCACAUGCUGGUGGUUUGAUCUUUGGCAUGCUGUAUGGUAGCAAUGGUGUUGAAUCAAUUUGGAAACGACAUCGUGCUGUAUUAUCUUGGUGGAAGAAUAUUCGUGAUUAAAAAAAUAGAUUACAAUGAUAUCUUUAGGAUGCUCUUUAUAGUUGUAAUUUUAUAAUAAACAUUCAACAACAAAAAAGAUGGUUGUAUGCUUUGAAGAUUAUUACGUGUUGUACAGUGAAUAUACAUAUGUAUUGUUUGUUUCAGUUAUGCACAAUAUUAUUAUUACAUUUAUAUAAAAGCUUUUUGCGUA